AUGCCUCGCGGAACCAAAUCCACUCAAUCUCGAGGACAGUCAGCCAAAUACAAGCAGCAAACGCUAUUGGCACACUUCUCCUCUAGCCCUCCUCCUGUUCCUCCUUCUAGUGCUGUAAGCAGGGGGAAAUCAAGUCAGACUUGGAAGAGGAAAUCCGCCCGUGAGCAAGACCCGGAAUCCGAAGUUGAAGACCUCGACUCUCCAGAAAUUCGUACAACUAAGCGACGAACUCAACGACGCGCUCCGGCAGUUGAGGAAGAGAGUGACAGUAGUGAUGUCGGCAAAAUUAAAUUUGAGUCUCGAUCGAUUUCGGUACAAUCUAGUGUAGCUGGAGACUCAAGCUCGGAAGCAGAACUCUUGUCUCCUGUCCGUUCUUCAAAGCGCCAACGAAUUUUAAACUCGGACUCAGACACGGGUGAGGCUGGCUCGCGAAGCAGAAGGAUUCACCGACGGCCUAGCAGGGGCAGUGAACAGGAAAGGGAUGAAUCUCGUUCUGAGGUAGACUUGCAUCACAAGGGGAAACGACGACUAAUGAGAGGAAGAAGGCCCUCGUCCCAUAAUUCCGACGAUAACAAUGAGGACGAUAUAAUGGAUGGCAUUGAUGAAAAUAAAAUAAUUGAUGACCGUCUUCGAGGUAAACAAUCACAGAAAACUAAAUUUUUGAAGAAUCUUGAGAGGCUCAAAAAAAAGAAGUUGGGAUUAGCAGCCAGUGAAUCCGAUGAGCAGAGCAGCGAAGGAGAUGGCAUUAUUCCAGGUGCACGACCACACAUCGAAGAUGAUGGAGACCAAUCCUCACUGUCAGAAAACAACGAGGACAGCGAUCUGGAAGGAGAAAUCGACGAUUUCAUUGUUGACGACGAAGCGGAUGCACAAACUGCGGCUCUUCCUGCAUUGUUCAGCAUGAAUACUCAUCAAGACCUGGUUCAUCACUUCAAGAUUGUCUGCCAGUACCUAGUGCAUCUUGCAGUAACAUCGCCUGCCGCUCGAUCACGGAUAGCCGAAAGACUUACAAGUGAUGAGUACUUCUCAGUGCCUUUGUCAAUAACGCGAAGAAAACUCAGCGAUAUCCGAGAUUCAAUCGUAUCUUCAGUCUGGCGUACGGACUAUAAGAAAGCUCUUUCAACGUAUCCAAACUUUUCCUUGCACGAUCUAGAUUUCGCGAUUCCGCACUGCGAUGCAUGUAACCUUGGUGGACGUCUUUCAACCCUCAUGGGACGUUUAGACGGAGAUCCAUAUGAUCGGACGACAUUUGAGCCCAAGGAGAAUCGAUCACGAAGCUCAAGCGAUGAAUCAGACGGCGAUGACGAACACCGGCCCCCUGAAUUCAAUUUGGGACGAUUCUGUGCUCGGCGGACCGAGUUAUUCCAUGAGUUAUGCCACUGGGAGUUCAAACUUUUCUGCGAACUGUUGCGAGAAGUCGAAGAACUCUCAAGUGCAGGUCGUGGAUUUGUUAGGAUUGCAUAUCCGCGCAGUGUCGCUCCCCCAGAUGACGUUUCAGAUGCAGAUCAGGUCAUGGAAUGGCUGGACCAGCGUGGUAUCAUCAAUACCGAAUGGUUGAGGAUCAAACAGUUGAUGACUCAGGCUACUAACCUGGAGGCAGACCUGAAGAGAGGGAAAGGAGACGACUAAACCUUAUCAUGUUAUUUGCUUGGGGAUCACGAUCGUUGCAAACUGUUGGAUAAUGGAG